AUGGGCGAGGACACGGACACACGAAAAAUUAACCACAGCUUUCUUCGAGACCACAACUAUGUGACUGAAGGUAUAGCAAGGGCGGCAGCAAUGCAAGCUUCCCCACAUUGUCCUGCCAAUGUUCCUCAACCCAGUUCUGAAGAGGUCACUUCUGGAGCUGAUAUUAUUUCUACAGUUGAGUUCAACCACACUGGAGAACUGCUGGCUACUGGUGACAAGGGGGGUCGGGUUGUUAUAUUCCAAAGGGAACCUGAGAGUAAAAAUGAGCCUUACAAUCAGGGGGAGUACAAUGUUUACAGCACUUUCCAGAGCCAUGAACCUGAAUUUGAUUAUUUGAAGAGCUUGGAGAUAGAAGAAAAAAUAAACAAGAUCAAGUGGUUACCACAGCAAAAUGCAGCUCACUCACUUUUAUCAACAAAUGAUAAAACAAUCAAGUUAUGGAAAAUUACUGAAAGAGAUAAGAGACCAGAGGGGUACAACUUAAAAGAUGAAGAAGGAAAACUUAAAGAUCUUUCUACAGUAACAUCACUGCAGGUGCCUGUAUUGAAACCUAUGGAUUUGAUGGUAGAAGUCACUCCCCGGAGAAUCUUUGCUAAUGGUCACACCUAUCAUGUCAACUCAAUAUCCGUCAACAGUGACUGUGAGACAUACAUGUCAGCGGAUGAUCUCAGGAUUAACCUCUGGCAUUUAGCAAUCACAGAUAGGAGCUUCAACAUUGUAGAUAUAAAGCCAGCCAAUAUGGAGGACCUGACGGAAGUGAUUACAGCCUCUGAGUUUCAUCCCCAUCACUGCAAUCUCUUUGUCUACAGCAGCAGCAAAGGAUCACUGAGACUCUGCGACAUGAGGGCAUCGGCCCUCUGUGACAAACAUUCCAAGCUUUAUGAAGAACCAGAAGACCCCAGUAACAGAUCAUUUUUUUCAGAAAUUAUCUCUUCAGUGUCAGAUGUCAAAUUCAGUCACAGCGGUAGAUACAUGCUAACAAGAGAUUACCUCACUGUCAAGGUUUGGGAUCUGAACAUGGAAACAAAGCCUGUAGAAACGUACCAGGUCCAUGAUUACCUUAGGAGCAAGUUGUGUUCCCUCUAUGAAAAUGACUGCAUCUUUGACAAGUUUGAAUGUGCAUGGAAUGGAUCAGACAGUGUGAUAAUGACAGGUGCAUAUAACAACUUUUUUCGAAUGUUUGACCGAAAUACCAAACGGGAUGUUACCUUGGAGGCAUCCCGAGAGAGCAGUAAACCACGAGCUAUUCUUAAGCCCCGGAGAGUCUGUGUCGGAGGCAAACGGAGGAAAGAUGACAUCAGUGUUGACAGUUUGGACUUUACUAAGAAGAUCUUGCACACAGCGUGGCACCCGACUGAGAACAUCAUUGCUAUAGCAGCGACAAACAAUCUGUACAUAUUUCAGGAUAAAGUGAACUCAGAAAUGCACUAGAUUUAUCAAUAUCCCUCUAUAUUUACAAACCAGCCUCUUGAGAGUUGUAGAAGGAUGUGAUCUUCACAAAAAUUGUGGCUUCUGUGGUGGGAUUUGUAGGUUGCAUCCUUUCAUCCCUCAGCCUGUAUCAUUAUUGGUGGCAAGCCAAUUUUCCAUCACUGCAACUGUAUGA